ACUGUACAUUAAGGCUCGGUCUUCGGACCCUUCAACAAACCCGUCAAACAUUUAACUACGCAGUACAUCCUACCUUGUAAGCCGUAAUCCGUACGGAAUACGGAAUACGCAGGCGGGAUCCCGUCUAGACGGUUCUUGCCCUUUCUGUUCAAUAAUAAGUCCAGGCAUCCAUCCGCGUGAUCUUGACCAUCUUGCUGUUUCUCUUCCCCUCCAGCCUCAUCACCGUGGCCACCAUCGCGCGGUCCCCAAUGGGCGUGUCAUAGGUAAUUGCGUCCAGAUGGGAGCGAGCAGUGUUGAGAGCGUCGACAAGCUGGCGCAUGCGCCAGCGGCUGUCGACGACGAGAAGACGCCGGGCACCACCGCCGCUGACGGCCCCGCCAAGGAUGUCAAGGACGUCAAGGACGUCAAGGCGCGGCCCGAGAGGGAGGCCACGCCGGCCGACUACUUCCGCGUCUUCACUUACGCGACAAAAUGGGACUUCGUGCUGAUGGCCGCCGCCGCCAUUGCCAGCAUGGGCGCCGGCACCACGCUGCCGCUCAUGAACGUGGUCUUUGGCCGCCUGGUGGGCAACUUCACGAGCUACACGGCCCCGGGCGGAGGCCAGUCGGCCGACGAGUUCUCCUCGCAGCUCAACCGCAUGUCGCUGUACAUCUUUGCCCUCUUCAUCGCCCGCUUCGGCCUCAACUACAUCAACAAGUUCUGCUUCCGCCUCAUCGGCAUCCGCAUGUCGGCCGCCAUCCGCCUGCACUACAUCCGGUCGCUCUUCAGCCAGACCGUUCACGUCCUCGACUCGAUGCCGUCGGGCGCUGCCGCCAGCACCAUCACCUCGACCGCGAACACGUUGCAGCUCGGCAUCUCGGAGAAGCUUGGCACCUUCCUCGAGUUCCUAGCCACCAUCGUGACCGCCAUCGUUGUGGCCUUCACCUACAGCUGGUCGCUGACGCUCGUGACGGCGUCCGUGAUCCUCUUCAUCAGCAUCGUCCUCUCGAUCCUCCUGCCCUUUAUCAUCAAAGGCCAGACUCGGCUCACCAAGGCUGAUGCCAAGGGCACCUCGGUUGCCACGGAAGCCUUCAGCACCAUCCGCAUGAUCACGUCGUGCGGUGCCGAGGCCCGCGUGAGCCAGCGGUAUGCCCAAUGGGUCAAGAAGGCCAAGCAGGCAGCCCAAUUCAGCUCGCCCUUCUUGGCAACCCAGUUCGGCCUCAUCUUCUUCGGUCUGUACGGCGCAUUCGCCCUCGCCUUCUGGUACGGCACCAAGUCCCAUGUGGAAGGCCGCGUCGAUAGCGUCGGCACCGUUCUCGUCGUGCUCACGUCCGUCAUGCUCAUGGUCGUCUCUCUCGAGCGUAUCUCGACUCCCCUCAUCGCCGUCUCCAAGGCCAUGGUCGCUGCUGCCGAAUUCUUCGCCGUCAUUGACGCCCCCAAACCCGCCAUGGGAACGCUGAGAGAUCCCGACGUCACGGCCGACCAGGAUAUCGUUUUUGAGGAUGUCCAUUUUGCCUACCCCAGCCGUCCGUCCAAGAAGGUUCUCAACGGCCUGAAUCUCCGCAUUGCCGCCAACCUGAACACUGCUAUUGUGGGCCCCAGCGGUUCUGGCAAGAGCACCAUCGUGGGCCUCAUCGAGGGGUGGUACACGCUUCAUGACCAGUACCUGAUCGCAAAGGCCGUCGAAAAGGAUAAGAAGAAGGACAAAGGGGGGAAGGGGAAGGAGAAGAAGAAGAAGAAGAAGAAUGCCGGCGCAGAGACCGAUGACGAGGAGGACGAGGAAGCUACGGUACCUCUCGACGCUGAGGAAACCGGGCCACCGGUCGAACUGAAGGGCAGCAUCUCUACAUGUGGGAAGCAGCUCGGGGAAAUUGACAUCAAGUGGUGGCGGUCACAGAUUGGCCUCGUGCAGCAGGAGCCCUUCCUCUUCAAUGAUACGAUCUUCAACAACGUCGCGGCCGGCCUGAUCGGAACCCAGUGGGAGAACGAGUCGGAUGACGUCAAGCGUCAGCUCGUCAAGGAGGCCUGUGCCGAGAGUUUCGCUGAUGAGUUCAUCGACCGGCUGCCGGACGGUUACGACACCCAAGUCGGUGACUCGGGCGCUAAGCUGAGCGGUGGCCAGCGCCAGCGGAUCGCCAUCGCCCGGAGUAUCAUCAAGAAGCCCAAGAUCCUGAUCCUGGACGAGGCCACGUCGGCCAUCGAUGUCCGGGGGGAACGUAUCGUGCAGGCGGCACUGGAGAGGGCAUCCAAGGGCCGCACCACUAUCACCAUCGCCCACCGGCUCUCCACCAUCAAGAACGCCGACCGCAUUUGCGUCUUGCAGAAUGGCCGGGUCGUCGAAGAGGGAACUCAUGACAGUCUCUUGGAGAACGAGCUAGGGGUUUAUUACGGCCUCGUGCACGCGCAAAAGCUGUCCUUGGGCGACGACACCGACGGAGAACACCUACAGGAGGAAGACAUUGGCGCCAUACUUGCGCGCGAAAAGAGCGCGGCCAAGUCACUGACCGCGAGCGCGAAGCAGGACGCCAAGUGGAAGGAUCGGAACCUCCUCAACGGGUUUGGAAAGCUCUUGUCUGAGCAGCGCAGCCGGUUUCCCUUCUAUGCCAUUGCCCUCGUCGGCGCUAUGGGUGCGGCGGCGGCGGUUCCUCUUCAGGCUUACCUUUUCGCCCACGUCGUCAGCGUAUUCCAGUCCCCGUCCAAGGAUGAGAUUUUGAAGGACUCCGCCUUCUGGUCAAAGAUGUGGGCUGUUCUCGCUGCCGGCGUUGGAGCAAGCUAUUGUCUCACAACGCUCGUUGCGACCAGCCUGGAGGGUUACAUCAGCGCCGCGUAUCGACAGGAGUACUUCGAGUCCAUCCUCUUCCAGCCGACGUCGUACUUUGACAAGGACGACAACGCAACCGGCCAGCUGACAGCGCGCCUCUCGAGCGAUCCGCAGGCUCUGAAGGAACUGCUAGGCAUCAACCUCAUGAUGGUGCUCAUCGGCAUCUUCUCCCUCAUCGGUGCGCUGGCCAUCUCAUUCGCCUACGGCUGGAAGCUGGCCCUGGUCGCGCUUUGCGUGACGGUACCUAUCGGCGUCGUUGCUAGCUAUUUUAGGGUGCGCUACGAGCUGCAGUUCAACGCCAUGAACGAGGCCGUGUUUCAGGAGAGCUCCAAGUUCGGCGCCGAGGCCAUCGGCGCAUUCCGGACGGUCAGUGCGCUGGUCAUGGAGGAAAGCAUCUGCGACCGCUAUCAGCGACUGCUCCGCGGCCACGUUGUGGCGGCGUUCAUGAAAGCCCGAUGGACCACCCUGAUCUUCGCCUUCGCCGACAGCGUGAGUCUGGGCUGCCAAGCGCUCAUCUUCUGGUACGGCGGCCAGUUGCUCUUGAACGGGGAAUACGACACCGUGGCCUUCCUGGUCACUUAUAUGGCUGUGAUACAGGGAGCCGAGUCUGCAGGCCAGUGGAUGAGUUUCGGCCCCAACGCUGCGCAGGCGGCGGCAGCGGCGAAUCGCAUUCUGCAGGCCCGCGAGACGCGCAUCAGGGAUGAUAUCUCGCGGGCGGAGCGGAUCCCGGAUACGGACGGCGGCGUAAAGAUCGAGCUCAAGGACAUCCACUUCAAGUACCCCACGCGUGACGUGUCCAUCUUCAAGGGUCUCAACAUCACCAUUGAGAAGGGCCAGUUCGCCGCGCUGGUCGGCGCGUCCGGGUCGGGCAAGACCUCCAUCGUCAGCCUGCUGGAGCGCUUCUAUGAUGUUUCCAAGGGCCAGAUUCUCUUCAACGGCAAGGACAUCUCAGAGAUCAACGUCUACGAGUACCGCAAACUCCUGUCGCUGGUGGCACAGGAGCCGUCGCUCUUCCACGGCACCAUCCGUGAAAACGUCCUGCUGGGUAUCGAGGACCCGGCAUCGGUGACCGACGAGCAGCUGCACCAGUGCUGCAAGGACGCGAACAUCCACGACUUCAUCGUCUCGUUGCCGGACGGGUACAACACCAACAUCGGCAGCCGCGGCGUCAGCCUGAGCGGCGGACAAAAGCAGCGGCUGUCGAUCGCCCGCGCCCUUAUUCGCAACCCGCGCGUGUUGUUGCUUGACGAAGCCACCAGCUCACUCGACUCGGAAAGCGAGAAGCUCGUGCAGGCGGCAUUCGAGAGGGUUGCCAAGGGCCGGACGACGAUCGCGGUGGCUCACCGCCUCGCGACAAUCCAGGGCGCCGAUAUCAUCUACGUCCUGGGCGAGGGCAAAGUGCUCGAGAAGGGCACGCAUGCCGAGCUGCUCAAGCAGAAAGGCGUUUAUUGGCACAUGUGCCACAACCAAGCCCUCGACAGGUAGCCGGCGAGCAGCAGUUGCGCCCUACUGUGCAGCGGCUUCUUGUG